AUGUCGGCGUCCAACGGCCUGGAGGAGCAAUGGGAGCCGCGGGCACCCCCAAACUGGCGUCGAGAGGACGGCCGAGGAAAUUUUGUACUCCGCGGCAUGACCCUCGCGAGCCUUUUACAGAGAAGUUCAAAUCUGAACAGGGUGAAAUUCCUCGCAAACGAUAGGAAGCUCAUGUCGGCUUGGCUUGCAGAGACCAAGCAUACUAAAAGAAGCCUCAAAAGUGUAUUGGACGUCUCGGUGCGCAGGAACCACCCAUUAAACGACCUGAUGCACAAAAUGUGUAUCCACCACGAUCAACUCCAAGACCAGCAGUUUUAUACCUUUGUCGCCAAGAUGCAAAGUGCAAUGAUACGCAUCAUCGACAAAGUGGUGGGUCAAAAUUUGGCCGGCGAACACACGGACGCCAACGGUUUAGUGGAAUUGAGAUACGAGCAGGGGGUGCGCGAGGCGCGGGUGCACAAAGAUUGGAGUGGCAACGACUACACAAAGAUUCCACUUUCGAACUCGGGCGAGGACGGAAAAGGGUCGAACUCAGUCGGGGAUAACCUCGGUGGCUCGGGGAGGGAUCGGCCGACACGGACACCGAAAACACAGCGAGGGAUAAGAGACCGAGUUGAAGAGUUGACAAGCCAGUACAGUCAGGCACAGAUAGCCGACCCGAUACACCCGGCUCGCCGGCAAAGAUUCGAGGUCCAGGUCGAGGACGAGGCUGCGGUUCGCAAAUUGCAGUGGGAGGCAGAGGAAGCAGAAGAAGCAGGGCGCAGACGACAGCAGCAACAAGAAAACACUCCCUGGAUUCAUCAUCGAGAGCGGACACAGUCUUUAUAUGGAGGGAAUCCAAGUGCUCCACGAACACUGCCAUCGUCGUCCUUCCAACCGCCCACGACGCACCCUGAAGCAUCCUCAGUCCCGGCAUUCCGGGCCUAUCAACCAUCAGCACCUCCUGUUGCGGGGCCGUCGGCACCCACAGUGCCUCUAGGCUCUCAAUCUGGCAUGACAAAUUCUGCACAGGUCGGCUCACCGCAGACCAGGCAGGCUUUGGCGUCAUUAACGAGCUCCGAAAAAGAAGCCCUGAACAAAGCCAACAAGGCUGUCAAGGCAGCUUUGUACGACCACGCCAUGCUACGCUUAUACCAGGUUGACCAAAACAUUUCUCGCCUCAAACACGCAAUGGAAAACAUCAUUUUCAACGGUAGCAUGGAGCAUUUUUACGGCCCAGAAAUCCUGAUAGGAAACAUGAUAAUGGACCGCGAUCAGGCUUUUUUUCACCGCGACGGCCGAGCCACGUUUGAAAAGGAUAUAGAGAAUGGUCGAAGGGCUUGGGCUUCAGCCCAGUCGAAGGCGGCUAAAAACGUCCUGAGCCACAUUGCCAUGGACUCGUUUGAGGUGUGCGGUAUUGGUCAUGGUCUGUACAUGGCACCUGAUGUGCCCAUCCACCAUGAACAGGUUACCUAA